AUGCCACACGUCGAAGUUCUCCCCAACUCUGCCACGGCUGCAGCACCGGGCUGGACCUAUGUCGUAGACACCGGCUAUGAUCCAUCGAGGGUCGCAAUCAACCCGAAAGAUCGCAAACGUGCCGCAGCUCGUACUGCAGGCCGUUGCGGCGACAACGAGCUCACUGCAAGACAACAAGCAGCCAUCGCGCGACGAAUAGGAGAGUUGGACAGGGACAACGACCCGAAACAGCAGAUAGGUAUUCCUGGGAAGAGUGCUCCCGCGAAGACGGCCAACGCUAGGAGGAUCCUGCAAUCCGCGCGACAAAUCAAACACUGGCUAGAUGAGGAAGAAGCACUUGUCCAACAAGGUCCGGCACCUAGAAUUGCCGCGGCUGCCCCCCGAACAGCUGCAUCGACUCGCAAAUUGAGUACCGUACCUCCGACCCCGCUAGAAGCAACACCCGGGCCAAUGUCAGUUGUGUUAACCCCAAGACCUUCAACAGCUCGUGAGGAAGGAGACCUACUGCUCUUAACUGAGAACUCGAUGGCACCGCCGCCUAGUAAAGCCGAGCUUCACGUGCUCCUCUCUGCACUGCCCCUCUCGUAUGCAGAAUCUUUUGCUACAUUACCCGCAGAUCACCCACCGCAGCGACAAUUCUGUGAUAAUUGCGGUUACUGGGGCAAAAUCAAGUGCUUGAAAUGUGGUGCCAGGAUUUGCGGGUUGGAGUGCAAGGAGGCACACGAGUCGACUCGUUGCUUGAAAUGGGCUUGAUGCAACCUUUCUUGGGCUCUCCACUAUGUCCCGGUCUUGAGAGGAGCAGGCUUAUCUCAUUCAUUUGCAGUCGAGCACAAGACAUCAAAGACGGGACAUUAGGUAAGCCAGUAGGUCCGCUCGGCGUUCGGCUAGGGUUGUGCGAAAGUAAUUGCAUAGUACAAAAGUUACAUAGGCUUAUAAGUUUAACUAGUAGAAACUACAAUGU